CGCACGAUUAGCCAAAUUUAUCAUUGAAUUAUUCAUGUUUGUCUAUAAAGGAAGGAGUUGUUUCCACGUUUAUCAGUCAGUUUGGGGACCACGAACGAAUUGACAUCAAGAUGAGGUACAGUCUUCUUUUGCUGCUUGUUUUUGGCUUUGUUGCCUUCACCUUUGCUGACUCUGCAGCUGAGGAGGAAAACGAAGAAGAAUCUGAUCAAAAGACCAUCGAGGAAGAUCCCGACGAAAUCAAUGAUGUAAUGGACGAGCCUGAAAACGAUGAGGCUGAAAGACGAAGGAGAGAUCCCGGUCUUUGGAGUCGUCGUCGUCGUCGUCGUAGUCCUCGUCAGUGCUACAAACAAUGUUCGACGAUUUAUAAAUGCCAACGUUGUCAUCAUGCGUGCAAAAGAUAUCCACAUGGAAGUAAUUGCAACAGGCUUAUAUGCACUUAUGGAAUAUGCAAGACCAAUUGCAAAAUGAUUUGCCAACAAAGAUAAAGGUCGUGACUGCAUGAUCUUACUGAAAGAUUGCAAGAAAAAAAGCACAUACACACAUCGGGACAUGGGGCUAAGAACAGAUUUAGGGCAGAGGGCUUCCCAUGAUUAGUUUUGUGGUCUGUUAAUCAUAUUUCAAGGCAAGUAACAAGUUGUAGUAAAUUUCAGAAAUAAAGCAUUUGAAAAUCAAA